AUGCUCCGUGCCUUGAGAGAGGUUGGCUGGUUUAUAAAAUUCACUAUGUAUAAUCUCUGCUCCCUUCUCGAGGCUUGGUUGCUGCCCAACAAGGAGGCAGAGGAGAAGGAACUCGCCGGAUCCACCAACUCAAUCUACGAGUGGGAGUCCGCCAUGGAUGAAAAGAUGAGGGACGCAGCUGUGCAAAGUGAAUUUAAACUGCCCUCCCGACUACGACACUGUUCGGAUUCCACACAGAUUCCUGAAAUAAGUGCUAUCUUCAACUCACCCAGAGACACGACCCACGGAAGCCAUACCCCUUCUGUCUCCUUUCUCGGCAAAAGUCCUGCUUCUUCAACAAACAGAUCGCCGAACAAUCUCCACCCCUUGCAUCGCGUCUCCUCAACCUCUCUACCCGAUUUGGACCAGCUUACUAGUAUCAAUUCCUUAACGCCUCAUUCUAUCUUAAUUCCAAGAGCCAGCCUCCUUAAACAAGAUAUCGGAGGUCAUCCAACUGACCUAAGGGUUCAAUUUGAGGUGAGCCCUAUCGCCUCCAUCUUGGGAAGACCUUCGGCACUGAAGGAGAGUAUUGCGGAGGAAGAGGCUGAGGAGUAUGAGGAAAAUGAGGAGCUGGAGGAAGAAGAGGAAGAGGAAGAAAUGGCAGAAGAGGAGGAAGAGGACGACGCCUUCAUGAAAUGGGGCAGCAAGGGCAUGUGGCAUCAUCUGCUCUACUCACUCUCUCCCAUAGACUUCGACGAGUGGAAGAGGAUCUCCCUUCCUAUGAAGCUGCUUCAAAUUUUGCAAGCUCCGUUAUUCCUCCUUUUCCGCAUCACCAUUCCAGUGGUUAUUGAGGAUUUGGAGCCAGCUCCGCCCGCUCCGCCGGCAUCAGCACAGCCGACAGACGCAUCACCCCUGCCAGCGUCCAAUCGUGAUUUAGAAGCGGGCAGUUUUCAGGGAGCCGCCAACAGAGGCGGAGACGAGUCGAUAAGUGGAAGUAAACUUUCAAUGACAACCGUCGCCUCAGAAUCCUAUAUAUCUUUUCGAGGCUCCGAGAAUGUCUCCCCUCCUGUGGUAGCCGUUAGUGCAGACGGCCCAGAACCUAGCCCAUCGCCAUCCAUUCCAGAGAGCUCUGACGGCCUGAUGGACUUUGAACAGCUCCACGGAUGGUGUCGUCUGCUGAAUUGCUUCCAGUGCCUCCUCACUCCAAUGCUCUGGGUCAUGCUCAUAACAAUUGGCGGAAAGUCGCUUGGUCUACACAAAAUCAACGGAACUGACAUGCCCGUAGUCGUGAUUGUCCUCCUCAUCUCCACUUGUCUCGCAAUCACAAUCUUUGUCACAUCACACUGGGACCGACCUCCGGCACCCUAUCACCGACCCUUCUUCGCAACCCUUGGCUUCCUUACCUCCGUGAUUUGGAUCUAUGCCAUUGCUCACGAACUGGUGAACUCACUGGAGACUCUUGGCAUCGUCUGGGAGAUCAGUGAGGCCAUACUGGGCAUUAGCGUCAUGGCUUUGGCCAGUUCGAUUGGCGGUCUGGAUACGACUGGAACUCGAGAUUUCACAGUUUGUCAGGCCUCAGCAAUCAAGGGCGCACAGAAUCUCAAGACGUUUGGUCCGUUUCUCGGCUCUGCUGGUUAUUAUUAUGGAACAGCGAUUGUUAUUCUCUGCGUGGCCGUUCGCAUUGAUUAUAGACCCUGA